GCAUUGACAGAAUUUGUUUGGCAAGCUGUCUAAAGCAACAAGUGCUGGAGAAAGUGAGUCUGGACCUGGUAUUUCUGUUCAUUUCCAGCCUCAGUAAUCUGUGAUGGCACUGCUGCAUGCCAGUUGCUUUACAAUGCAUGGGUUUUCGUUUGCCUGGUAUUGUUCAAGCUAAGAAAGCUCUUCGACAUCUUCCCGGUACUGCUAACCAAGCAGCUCCAGGAGCCUUAGAUGUUCCAAAGGGCUACUUUGCAGUUUAUGUUGGAGAAAACCAAAAGAAGCGUUUUUUGAUCCCAGUGUCAUACUUGAACCAGCCUUUGUUCUUGGAUUUGCUAACUCAAGCUGAAGAAGAAUUUGGAUUUGAUCAUCCGAUGGGUGGUCUUACAAUUCCUUGCAGUGAAGACAUCUUCAUUGAUAUCACUAAUCGCUUAACCAGGUCAUGAAAGAGUAUUGACUUCGUGCAUGGCCAGCUCCCAUAGUGUGAUAUGACGUACUUGGACAUAGAAGAGGCUGAAGAGUUUUGUAGACAUUUAGAAUUGUUGUGUACACAACAAUUUAUUUCCUCUUUUUUCCUGCAUGGAAAUGCAGUUUGUUACAAACUCUCACCAAAUUGAGAAUUAAAAAUAUGAGAUCAACUGAUUCUUUAAA